GCGGGGGCGCGGGGUGGCAUGGCCCCGCCGCCCGGGGUGCCGGGGCGCUAGGCCCCCCGGAGGGGCCCCCGCAGCCCGCCCUGCCCGGCCUCGCCGGCCCAUGCGCCCCGACCCCAAAGUUUGCGGCGGGCGGGCGGGCGCGGAGCCGCCAAGAUGCCGUUCCACCCGGUGACGGCGGCGUUGAUGUACCGGGGCAUCUACACCGUCCCCAACCUGCUGUCGGAGCAGCGGCCGGUGGACAUCCCCGAGGACGAGCUGGAGGAGAUCCGAGAGGCCUUCAAAGUCUUUGACCGUGACGGCAAUGGCUUCAUCUCUAAGCAGGAGCUGGGCACGGCCAUGCGCUCCCUCGGCUACAUGCCCAAUGAGGUGGAGCUCGAGGUGAUCAUCCAGAGGCUGGACAUGGACGGUGAUGGCCAAGUGGAUUUUGAGGAGUUUGUCACCCUCCUGGGACCUAAGCUGUCCACAUCAGGGAUCCCAGAGAAGUUCCAUGGUACAGACUUCGACACCGUCUUUUGGAAGUGUGACAUGCAGAAGCUGACCGUGGAUGAGCUGAAGCGUCUGCUCUAUGACACCUUCUGUGAGCACCUGUCCAUGAAGGACAUCGAGAACAUCAUCAUGACGGAGGAGGAGAGUCACCUGGGCACGGCAGAGGAGUGCCCCGUGGAUGUGGAGACCUGCUCCAACCAGCAGAUCCGCCAGACAUGCGUGCGAAAGAGCCUGAUCUGCGCCUUCGCCAUCGCCUUCAUCAUCAGCGUCAUGCUCAUCGCGGCCAACCAGGUGCUGCGCAGCGGCAUGAAGUAGGCGCCGCCUGAAUGCCGUCCGCACGGGGUGCAUGGGAGCCUGCACACCCACCGCCUGCUGUCCUCCAUCCUCGGCUCCCGGGCCCCUGCCCCAUGUACUUUGGGGCCUGGAUGUCCGGACACCCGCCCCCCAAAUCCCCCCCAGGCCUUGCAUGGAGCUGGGGCCGCCUGUGGGGGACCAGGGGGUGGCUCUGAGGAUGGCCCCAGCCCUGCCUGCACCCUAUCUGCCCUGUUCACCCCCCAGGCCUGUAUGUAGCACUAACUUCCCACUGUCAGGGGCUCCUGGGAAAUGGAGGAGAGUGAGCAGGAAGACCUGGGGUGCAGCCAGUCUUACUCUGGCCCGAUAUCCUCCCGAGCAGAGGCUGGGGUAGAGGAGGGAGCAGAAAGCUCCUGGACUGAGGGAGACUUGAGGCUGACAUUACUAGGCCCCACCCUGGCAUGGCCUGAGAAGGUCCCAGCCCUUAUCUUCCAUUCCCUAAGGGCCCAGCAACCCAUCUUCUUGAGUUCAAGGUUCAGUGGACCCCCAGGUUUGGCCUCAGUUUCUCCCAUCUCUGGGAGGUGUGUUUCAAGGACAGAAGCUCAGCCUCCAGUUCCCCUCACUGAGGCCCUAUGGCUGGAAGGCCCCUACCCUCCCUGACCGCAGCAACUCAGACUCUAGUAUGGAGGUGGUUGGGGAGGGGAAUUGAACCUGGAUGGGAGGCUCUGGACAAAUCGCCUGACCAGCCUGUGGGCCUGCCUCCUGGGCAAGGAGCUUCUAUGCCACCCUUGUUGGGCACUGUGAAUGCCAGGAGGCUCAGCCAGGCUAUUGUUCCAAGCCUUAGGCCAGUCCUGUGGGCCCCUCACUUUUCUCUAUCCUCUAGGCCAGAAAGCCAAUGGGGUCCCUGCCUAGCUGGGCCAAAUCAUACCUGGCAUCAGCUCACAGGGGUCAGGGCAGGCAGAGGCCUUGAGGUCCUCCCCCGGGGUUGGAGCCUUCUCUCACCAGGGUGAUGGCUCCAGACACAUUGGUCCCCCCCUCUGCUUAGCUGUGCUGGGCCACCACAGGCCCCUCUGGGAGAAAGGAUGGGGUGCUAGUCACCCCAGAGGACCUCAUCCUAUCCUGCCCCCCAAGACCUCUGAGGGAGGAGCCGAGCAUAGGUCUAAGGGCGCUGGGCUGGACAAGACAGCCAGACCACUCUGGAAACAGACUUUCUUUAUAGGUUUUCCCAAAGAAGUGCUCCCCAAUCUUUUCAGGCUGUCCCAAGAGUAAAGCUACCAGGAGCAAGAUGGCGGCUUCCUGAGCCUUUGAUGAGGUGAUGGGGCACAAAAGGAGGCUGGCUCCUCACGUAGAGCCCUGAGCUGUAGUGACUCAACAGUGGGUGCCAGGUGGGAUCCAGGGCCUUAGCCCCACUGGACGUUGGGCUGUGGGAGCCACCCUCCUGGUGGGGGUGCCCGCAGGGAUGGUGGCAGCUCCUGGACAGGUGGCCAGCCCACAGGGUACUGGAAAACAGUGGCUCUGAUGGGUUCCACCCUAUGGAGAAAGAGAGAGGCAGGGGAUCAGAGAGGCCCCACCCUCAGCCUGGUCUACCCUCCCCAACACCCUGGCUAGAGACAGGGCUACUCCUGAAAGAUUGUUCUAGAACGCCGCACCUCCAACGCCCACAGACCCUUUGAGCCAGCAAACUCACUGAUAGGAACUGACACCGGAGAAAUAGUGGGGUGGGGGACAGGGACUGUGCUACAGGAAGUGAUGAGGCGGGGUAUCCCUCGAUGGGCCUGACUCAGAACUCUGGCACAUCCCUGGGAGAUAGAGUUCUGCAGCAUGCAGAAGGGGUGGGGACUGACGGAUGAUGCUGACAAGGGGAGUUGACAUGAUGUUCACUGUGCGGAGGGAGGAAAAGCAGCUUAUAAAAUAAUGUAUAUAGCAUGAUACUAUUUUUGUUUAAAGAUAUAUAACAUAUAUAAAUGCAUACAAAACCGAAAGACAGCCCGUCAAAA